CCCGCCCACCUGUCUGACGGCCAAGCCUUCCUCCUCCUGCGCCUCUCCCGCUAAACUUUCAGACUUUUGCCGCUUACUGUGUUUCUUCUUCAGACCCGAGAGAGCAGCGAUAAUGGCCGACCAUGGACUGACAGACGAAGCCGCUACAGGCGCUUGUAAAGAGGGAAACCCGAUCACUAAGGACUUCAUGAUGCAGCAGACGAUGCUGAGAGUCAAGGACCCGAUUAAAUCGCUGGAUUUCUACACACGCAUCCUGGGGAUGACCCUGCUUCAGAAAUUCGAUUUCCCCUCCAUGCGCUUCACUCUCUACUUUCUGGGUUUUGAAGAUAAAAAAGAAAUUCCAACUGACGUCAAAGAGAGGACAGCGUGGACUUUCUCACGCCGAGCCACUAUCGAGCUCACCCAUAACUGGGGUUCGGAGACAGAUGAAAACCUAUCUUACCACAACGGAAACUCAGAUCCCCGAGGUUUUGGACACAUAGGAAUCGCUGUACCAGACGUUCACGCUGCUUGCAAGCUGUUUGAGGAGCAAGGAGUGAACUUCGUCAAAAAGCCAGAUGAUGGUAAAAUGAAGGGGCUGGCUUUCAUUCAGGACCCGGAUGGUUACUGGAUUGAGAUUCUGAGCCCUAACGGCAUGGUGUCCAUCACUUCAUAAAGGUGUCACCUUGGCCGUGUGAUCAGCCCACAGACAGGUUUCAAAGAAAUCCUUUGAAAUGUGAGAGAAUGACGACCAGAACUGUAGUUUUAUGAAUUUUCUUGGCGAAUCGGGUGCGAGGUACAGCCGGCACUGAACAACUGAAACAGCCGAGACGAGGCCAUGAGCUUUACCUAGAAACUCAUCACUGACACUAAAUUACUACAAAUAUUACUUAAAUACUGAGGUUUCUAGUCUUACAUGUCCGUUUACAUUGGUUUACAUAUUGUUUCAUGCUGUAUUUGUUUUGUUUAAAAGAUUAUAUUUUAUAAUAAAUCCCUCUUCUAAAUAUUGUCACUAUUAAAUUAAUAGCAGAUGUGGACAAUAAAACAAAUUACUGUU